AUGGGGGUGCUGCUGUGGCUGCUGGUGCUGCUGGGCCUGGCGGGGAGCCCUGCUGCCCAGGAGGACGUGCCCGGGUCGCUGCGCGUCGCUGCCACGGAGGUGACGGUGCCGCGGCGCCUGAGCCCCCGGGCCGGCCAGGACCCCCUGGCCCUCUCCUACCAGCUGGAGCUGGAGGGGCGGCUGCGGGUCCUGCACCUGCGGUCCCAGAGGCGGCUGGUCUCCCAGUUCUUCACUGUGGUCAGCUACGGGGAGGAUGGGACCCGCUGGGACGACCAGCCCUUCGUGCAGGAGGACUGCCUCUACCAGGGCGAGGUGCAGGGCAGCCCUGGCUCCCUGGUGGCUCUCAGCACCUGCUGGGGGGGACUCCGUGGGGUGCUGUGGGUGGAGGACAGCACCUAUGAGAUCGAGCCUGUCCCUGAUGAUCCAGCCUUUCGGCAUGUCCUCUACCGCAUGGAAGAGGCUGCUGACCCUACAGGCCCCACCUGCGGACUGACUCAGCAGGAGCUGUGGCGCCAAAAGACCUUGUUGCCCCAGCUCCAGGUUGCCCAGGUGGAGGAGGAGGAGGAGGAGGACACGCUGCAGGGUUGGUGGACGCACACCAGGUAUGUGAAGCUCGUGGUGGUUGUGGACCAAGUGCGGUUUGUGAAGUCAGGUGAGAACGAAUCUGAAGUCGUCAAGCAAGUCAUGGACAUCAUCAAUAUUGGGGAUUCUCUAUAUGAUCAACUUUCUGUUCAGCUGUAUCUUCUGGGGCUGGAGAUCUGGACCAAAGGUAAUCUUAUAAAUAUUACUAACUCUGUAAGCAAGACACUUGCAGACUUUAACAAAUGGAGAAAGACAAAUCUGUCUCCACGGAUGCGCCAUGAUACUGCUCACUUAUUUGCAUUUCAGAGCUUUGGAAAGAGUUUGGGAUUGGCAUAUCUGUCAUCCAUAUGUAAUGACCAGUGGUCAUCAGCAGUUGAGUCCUUCACUAACAGGAAACUGUCUGGACUUAUUGUCACAUUUGCCCAUGAGCUAGGCCAUAAUCUUGGAAUGCAACAUGAUGAAGCAGGCUGUAAAUGUAGACGGAAGAAAUGUAUUAUGUAUGAAAGUGAGGCCAACACUGAUGCAUUCAGUGACUGCAGUUACAGAUACUACUUUGACUUGCUUGGGAGUGGUGCAAAUUGUUUGCGUCAACCACCAGUACCUGGCAGUUUCUACAGCACGAAGCAUGAAUGUUGUGGGAAUGAGGUAGUAGAAAAUGGAGAGCAAUGUGACUGUGGCUCAGAAUCAAACUGCAGAAGGGACCCUUGUUGCCACCCUAACUGUACAUUUACUCAAGGCUCAGCUUGUGCAUCUGGAGAAUGCUGCAAGGGUUGUCAGGUCCUUCCAGCAGGAACACUCUGCAGAGCAAGUGUGGGCGACUGUGAUCUGCCAGAGUAUUGCAAUGGGACUUCCCCCUGGUGCCAGCCAGAUGUGUACUUGCAAGAUGGAGCCCGAUGCGAGGACGGUGCCUACUGCUACCAAGGAAAAUGUUCUUCCCACAGUAAACAAUGCAAGCAUCUCUUUGGCAAAAAAGCCAGGGCUGCUCCUUCAGAUUGCUUCAGAACACUAAAUACUCGAGGUGACCGGUUUGGAAAUUGUGGUAUUCAGAACAAUAUUCAAUUUAUAAAAUGCAAAAUUGAGAAUAUCUUAUGUGGUAGGAUCCAGUGUGAAAACAUACACAAAUUGCCAUAUUUGCGCAACCACAUAACCAUAAUCCAAACUCCUGUUGGAGAUAAAAAGUGUUGGGGUAUUGACUAUCAUGUAGGGAUGCCUACAGCUGAUAUGGGGGCUGUGGAUGAUGGCACAUCAUGUGGUAGUGAUAUGCUUUGUAUCAACAGGACAUGUACCAAUGUGUCACUGCUGAACUAUGACUGUAAUGUGACAAAGUGCCACAACAGAGGAGUGUGCAACAAUCGUAAGAACUGUCACUGCGACUAUGGCUGGGCUCCUCCAUAUUGUGAACUGGAAGGCCUUGGAGGUAGCAUUGACAGUGGACCUCCUCCAGCCAGGGAUAUUUUUCAUAGAGCAAAAAUAGGAGUAACAUUCCUUGGCCUUGUUGUUCUCUGUGUCCUCGGAGCUACCCUUAUCAAAUGUUAUAAACAGGAAAUAGCAGGAUGGUUUAGGAGGAUAACAGCUCGAUUACACAGCAAAACCCAGCAGUUGCUCCAAGUGCUGGAAAUCCUAGCAGUUCCUAAAAGAGAACACCUGCUGGUGAGUCCAAGUCCAGCACAGAGCACUUACUGAGAGGCCAGCAAACAGUAGCUUUGGACGCUCAAGAAAGAAUCGCCAGUAGCUCUUGAGCCACUGCUAAUUCAUUAAAAUGAUUCAACAUGUUCUGAAUAGUUGUAAUCUCAUGAAACGUCAUCAAAUACAGGGUAAAUGUUAUCUUUAUUUUAAGAUAAUAAAUGCAGGCAGUAAGGUAUGCUGUUCUUUUCUUUUCAGCUUGAGCUCUUAAGCUGAGGUAGUUGGGCAAACAGUAGGUGUGGUUUUAUGCUCCAUGUAUCUCAACAGUUUACAAAUGCAAACUUUUUAAAACAGGUGUGAAGAAAUUAAGUAUUUUCAUCCAGUUCAUCCAAGUGUCCCUCCAUUUCACAGUGAGAGAUGUUUGUGAGCAUUUUGCUUCUGUCAUUCAGUAAUACCCAAGAGAGAAAAAAGUUGCUCUUGCAGUCUUUGUUUAAUUCACGUCAGUGAUACACAGGCAGGCAAGAAACAGAUAUUCCAGUGAGAGGCAGGUAUCUAUGGCAUAAACCCUUCCAGUGGUUUCCACAGAGUAGUGUUUCAGGGGGAGGUAGGUUUUAAGACCAGGUUGUUCAUUUUGUGUGAAGGUAGAGAAGUACUAUCCAAAGCAAGCUGGUAGAUGUUGUGUUUCUGAACUGUAAGAAAUGCAUCAAAAGUUUAGUUACAUCAAACCUCACAUUUCACAAGGGCAAGUUGUCUGUCUUUUGUGGAAACUUUUCAAUACCUUCAGGGCUGGGUUCUUCUAAAAGUGCUAUGUAUUUUACUGUUGCUAUGAGAAGCUGUCUGUGAAGUUGCACAAGUUAACUGGACGCAGAAAUGUAAUUGCUGGGACCUAAAAUACAUGCAACUAUGCUGCAAAUCUCCUGUACCCAUAAUUCUUUCUGUAUUUGAUAGAUGUUUUAUUAAAUCAUCUCGAGGUUU